CUACUCGACGAGGUCCUUUGGCGGGUCGGAGGCCACGUAGUGGAAGAAGAAGAUGAGCACCAUUACGGCAGCUCCUAUCAGGUUCACACCAAGAUACACCUCGUACUCCAUCACGGCUGACAACACAGCGAAACGAAAGAUCAGACCAUCUCUGUCUGUGUGCGCAGCAACGUUCUCUCGUACCUUUCGUUUCUUCUCCGGAUGGAGGCAAGCUCGCGAUGGCUUCAAGCUCUCUCGCGAAACCGCUGCCUUCGUUGAAAUGAAAGGGGGCUGGUCGCGUAGCCCUGACGCUUGUCAU